UUGUCUGGAGCUCGGUGCAGCCUCAAUCGGUGUACGGCUGGCAUGCGACCUUAAUCGCAAGUUCACGCCACUCUUCAAUUUCGAUACCGGUCCGUUUAGUAUGCAGCGAUGGACUCUUUGCCUCUCGCGGCAGACCUCUCUGUCAUGCAGCCUGCGGGAAGUGCUUCCUCCCAACCGUCCCUGGAUUCGCUGAGCUCCAGUGACGGCUUCCUUUUUAGCGAUGACGAUUCGGGCGUUUUCGUGUCGGAGGAGGGCGGAGCCACACCGGGUGCCCGCGUGGGGCAUGGCAGUGACAGCCCCGCCUCCCGCUGGUCCCAAGAUGGUUUUGGGGAGGUCAGCGACCCCGCAAGAUCAGAGGCCACCGCCCCGUCCACCCUACCCCCCCCCGCUUCGUCACGCUCUUCCUCAGGGCCAGGACAAGGCACUGAGGAGCGCGGGGGAAGGACCAGGAGGGAGAAUGCUGGAGCAACACGAGGAGAUGCGCUCUUCGCCCAGAAAUGUUUGGAGCUUCAGGGCUUCGUCAGGCCUCUGCUGGAUCUCCUGAACGGUCUAAAGAGGGGACGCUUUGACAGAGGUUUGAGCAGCUUCCAGCAGAGCGUCGCCAUGGACCGGAUCCAGAGGAUUGUGGGAGUCCUGCAGAAGCCUCACAUCGGGGAGAAGUAUUUGCCUACUCUUUUGCAGGUAGAGAUGAUGCUCAAACUCUGGUUCCCUCAAGUGACACUUCGCCCUACCGGCAGAGCCGUGUCCAUUGACCAAUCAGGACAGGGCACAUCCAGUGGCACCACGCCCCCCCACAAACACAAAGACCAGCUGCACAUUCCAGUUAAGAAGCGACGGUUAAGCUGGUCGGAGUCGGACUCCUCUUCCACGCUGCCUCCCAUUGCAUGCCUGUGCCCCCAGGUCAAAGGCCAUGAGAAGUGGAGUCAGCAAAAGGAAGAGGGAGAAGCAGAGGGCCGAUGCGGAGGCCCCAGACCUGCCCUGCAAGCAGACCAAUUGGACAAGACGGGCAGAGCGACAUCAGGACACAAGGCUGUCUACUGGUCUGAGCCUCGCCUGACAUGGGUGCACGUAGCCCCCAUCUUCUCUCCCCCCAAGUCCUGUCCCUCUCAUGAGGGAGGAGGUGGAGCUAAGCAGAAUGGGAGUGGCUACAUUCUCCUCACAGUUCCCUCUUCCACCAGCAGGAGCAGUCCAGCUACACAGGACAGCUCCGUCUCCUCUACGACACCCUUCUCUGAUCCUGCUGGGUGCCAAAAUCAGCCUGUGGACUCAGAGACGUUGAAUCCGGAAACGGGGCGGGGGCAGACUCCUCCAACCAUGACACAGCCUUAGAGUGGAGCAAAACAGCAUCCAUUCAAAACCUGAUGCACUAUAAACAAGCACAAGCAACAAAUCCCUGUUCUGAGCAAUUGAUAUGAGAACUCCAAGGCGUUUCCUUUAGGACGCUUGCAUCAGCAGUGUUGUUUUUAUGAAUAUUUGGCCUUCCUGACCUCAGACACUGGUUACAUGAUUCUGACAGUUUGAUAGAGAGAGACACAAAUGCAUUAGAGGCCUAUAAAAAUAUCCAAAACCACAUGACUUGCUGAUCUGGCAUCAGUUGCCCAUUCCUGUGAAUGAGAUAGCAAGAGGUGUGUGUCUGUGUGUGUGUGCGAGCUUGUACAUGAGGAACUGGGAGAAAGGCGGAGGUGUCUGUUUGGUUGGAGCCUUGGAAGCCAGCCAGCUCCAUCAUGCAAUAAUGUACUGAAAUAUCAACAGAAGGUCAGUAUGUCUCACUGGCGAUUUAUUAGGGCAUUUUUUAGGACACAAACAGAGAAAGCACCAUCCUGUCCUAUCCUGCUCUGCUGUGCUGUGCCUACUGCAUCUGGGCUUUGCAUCUGCUUCAGCGCAAAGGGAAAAUGCAGCAAGAACACGAUGUUCAAGGACCAAGUUUUGCCACCGGCCGCGACAAAUGUAGCAACGCUUCCGAACCCGAAUCCGCGCCUCAGUCGCCUCGACUGGAGCAGUUCACCGCCAGCCUUCGGUAAAGAAAACCGUUCCCGCUAGAGCGUGUUUGGGAGGGGGGGGGUGGGGAUCUCACGUGGCACCUUGGACGGCUUUGCCCGCUAUGGGCGUGGGAGCCGAAGUUUGAACGGACAAAGCAGUUCCGUUUGUGUGCGAGAUCUGUGACGCGGGGCACGUGUGCGUCUGGUGGAGGGGCUGGUCUCCAAAGCCUAAGGGCACUUAACUAGGUGAAGUAUUUAAAAUGAUUUGGUUCGUUGCAGCGUACAUAGAAGUAACCUAAUUAAUGGAACUGAAAUAACAAAGGGUGGGAGGGGUGAAGUAAGUUUACCAAAUGCCCAUAACUCAUGGGAACUUCCCAGAAUAGGGUCCCCCCCCCGGCCCUCCCCUCCAACCUGAGUGCGUGCACAGUUGCACAGUCUUGGGUGCCAUUCCAGGCAAAUGAACUCGCGCUCUUGUAGAUAUUUUCUACGUGCAGUGCUACUUCUCAAAAUGUCCUUGUCUACAAUGGGGGGGGGGGGGGGUAGAAAGAGGGGAAGUUUGGUCUAAAUUUGAAUGGACCCACGUAGCAAAGGAGUCAAGGAAAGUCGAUAUUGCAUUUUCAUACACCGAGACAGUCGAAGAGCUUUACAAAUGAGAGAACACAAAGGUAAUAAAAGAAUUUAAGUUCAGAAAGACAGAAGGGUAAUCAAGGCGCGAGUUCUCUGACAGCGUGUGCCGAUCCACAGGGGCUGGGCUUCACUGUGAGUGCUGCGUCACUGCAAUUUGGUUGAUCACACGAGUUCUGUGCUUGAGAUGGAAAGAACGGGUGUUGUGUGCUACAUCUCAGCACUUGUGUAAGCCCACUGAGAGGCUCUAGAUAAAUAUAAUUUCAUAACACUAAAGCUACGCACAACACUUCAGCAAGAAUACUCUGCAUGAUUACAAACAAUGACGAGCAACCUUUUUAAGCAAUCUUUAAAAAAUAAAAAAGCUCCAGUUUUAAUAAGGUUUAAAAGUGCUGCACCUACCCUCUAAGCAACACUUGCAUUUGCGUAAUUUCAAUGUAACGGUGAUUAAAAUGACAUACUAAUAGGGGCCCUCUGAGCCUCUGAAGGCCUCUCCUAGAGCCUUCAACCUAAGCCAUGUCUGUUCCCUGUCAGCUUGGAAGGUUUUGUCACAGGGCCUUGUGCAGCUUGGCACACCAUCACCAGUAGUUGUACCAUCAGUAGCCCUUAGUCGUAUGAGUGUCCUUGGAAUGGGUCUUUCCUACCAGUUUUCAAAGAUGACGAUAGGGCUGAAAGAAUGGACAAAGCAUGGAUGCAUAAAGAGGUUGGUACAAAACAAAAGCAAACGCGGGGCCAGACUCACGAAAUGAUGCAUGAAACGAGGAAUAGAGAAGAGAAGACAGCAUGUGCUGUAAAUUAAGGCACAUGGGUCGGGAGGAAAAGGUCAUAGGUCAGGUGGGGGGUCUCUGCCCACCAUGCUUUGAACAUCUCUUACAGGCCUGCCCUCAGAUUCCAGUGUUUUAUUUAUUCAUAUGUCAAUUUCUACAUUUAUUUAUGUGAUUAUUUAUUCAUAUGGCAGCUGAGAGAACAGCCGCUAGCUCUACACCUUGUCGACGCGAGGUCUACGUGUUUGAGGUUAAUGAAAGGGUGGGGGUGGGCUGAAGAACAUCGUAGAUGGGAAGACGUGCCUUUUCACCCCAGUAAGACGUGUGCAAAAAUACCUACGCUACAUUUUCUUUUGUGGACUUUUAUCGAAAAUCAGGGUACGCCACAUAAGUACUGAAACACUCAAGUAUUAAGAGGCUUAGAAGUCCGUGACGCACGCCGUGGAGUAGCCAUGGUGACUGGUUCAAUAACACUGGAUUCGGAUCAGCUCCGUUUAUUCCCGAGAAGCACUAAAAGAAGCGGUCAGUAUAAAGCGCAGCGUUGCGCGCGUCGGCCGUUACUCCAACGUGCGCCACUUUCUACGGCCUAGAAAGGGUUCCAUCGGAUAAGUCGAAGUGAUUUUGUUUGGUUUUUUUUUAAAGGGUAUACAAAUGGAAUUGCACAAACUUUGUGUGCUGCUAUAUAGUGUUUAAAAAAAACAAAAAACCUUUUAAACGUUUUUAAUGCUGUCUUUCCCUGUAGCUCAACAGAUUUGCCAUUCUUUUGGCUCUGUGGUAAAGCAUUAGUUUCUGUCUGAUGUGUGUAUUCAUUUGUUUGUUUUCCUUUUUUGCAUCAAGGUUUUGUACAAGUCUGACGCUUAUUGUUUUGACUGUGGUUUUCUCUUUUUUACUGUAUAAGCUAGGCUGGUCAGGAAUGAUGGACUGAAUGAUCUUGAUUCUUGAGCCUUUUUUUUGUAUUGCCCCUUGCUCCUUUUUGUUAAGGGCUUUCUGCUCCCUAUUCUGCCAGCAUAUUCUGUCAACUACUCGCUCUCCUCUUCUCUCUCAUGUCUUUUCCCUUGCUUAGCUUUAUUGAUCUUUCUACUUUUUCAUUAAGGAAAACAAAUGGAAAUCUUUUAAUAAACCACGCAUUUUGGAAAUA